CCUGCGCCGAGGCGGAGCGCAUCGAGGAGCUGGAGCCCGAGCCCGAGCCUGAGGAGCCGCUGCCCAUGGCCCCCGAGGACGGAAAGAGAGCAGGAUGGAGCUCUUCUACUCUAACCCGUACUAGGGCAGCAUCCCUGAUGGCCCUCACUCAGCCUCCUCUUAAAAACUUCCAGUAAAGACGGGACCUCACUACUUCCCAAGAUUUAGGAAUCCUGCCUGGAUUCCUGACUCUUCUCCUCUGUGGGCGAGAGAAGCGACUGCCUUGUCAUCAAAUUACAUGAAGCACCCACCUGCCAGGCAGACCGUGGAGCUCGCUGGAUCAGCUCCCGGGGGACUCAUCACCCCAUUCCUGCCCCUGGCUCGGCCCGCUAAUGAUGCUCAGCCGGGAAGUUCCCAGCCUCCCCAACCCUGCUCAUCUAGGCCAGUUCGACCCUGGGAACACCGGCUACAUCAGCACAGGCAAGUUCCGGAGCCUCCUAGAAAGCCACGGGUCCGAGCUGGACCCACAUAAGAGGGAGGUGCUCCUAGCCCUUGCCGACAGCCAUUCGGAUGGACACAUCUGCUACCAGGAUUUCGUCAACCUGAUGAGCAACAAACGGUCCAACAGCUUUCGCCAGGCCAUCCUACAAGGUAACCGGCGGCUGUGCAGCAAGGCACUGCUGGAGGAAAAAGGACUGAGUCUCUCCCAGCGGCUGAUCCGCCAUGUUGCCUAUGAGACCCUACCUCGUGAAAUUGAUCGCAAGUGGUACUAUGACAGCUACACCUGCUGCCCCCCGCCUUGGUUUAUGAUCGCCAUCACUCUCCUGGAGAUCGCCUUUUUUCUCUACAACGGGGUGGCCUUGGAUCAGUUUGUGCUGCAGGUCACCCACCCCCACUACCUGAAGAAUGCUUUAGUUUAUCACCCCCAGCUCCGUGCCCAGGCCUGGCGUUAUCUGACCUACAUCUUCAUGCAUGCAGGGAUAGAACACCUAGGUCUCAACGUGGUCCUGCAGCUCCUGGUGGGUGUCCCCUUGGAGAUGGUGCACGGAGCUGCCCGCAUUGGCUUUGUCUAUGUGGCCGGCGUUGUGGCAGGUUCUUUGGCAGUGUCUGUGGCUGACAUGACAGCCCCGGUCGUUGGCUCCUCCGGAGGGGUCUAUGCACUUGUCUCUGCCCACCUGGCCAACAUUGUGAUGAACUGGUCAGGAAUGGAGUGUCAGUUCAAGUUGCUGAGGAUGGCCGUGGCCUUAAUUUGUAUGAGCAUGGAGUUUGGCAGGGCCGUCUGGCUGCGCUUCCACCCAUCGGCAUACCCUCCGUGCCCACAUCCUAGCUUCGUGGCGCACCUGGGCGGUGUGGCGGUGGGCAUCACGCUGGGAGUGGUGGUCCUGAGGAACUAUGAGCAGAGGCUCCAGGACCAGUCCCUGUGGUGGAUCUUCGUGGCCAUGUAUGCAGUCUUUGUGUUGUUUGCGGUCUUCUGGAAUAUCUUUGCCUAUGGCUUAUUGGACCUCCGGCUGCCCCCUCCUCCAUGAAGAGCCCCUUUAGGUGGAGGCAGAGAAGCUGAUGGAGAUCAAACUCUGGAGCAUUUUACUUUCCAUUUAUUUUUCAUCGACAGCUUGGUUUAGAGAGUGAAGGAAGAAAUGAGAUGGCUAGCCGAAGACAUUCACUCAAAGGCCAUUAUAAAGAUGAAGAAAGUUAGGUCUUUCCAGAACAAGCCUGGGGGUGGGCAUUCUGGGUGCUACCGGGUGGCCUGGGCUUGUUCCAGGUUAAUUCACGUCCUCCCUAACUUAAAACUGAGCAGUGCCCCCCUCUCCUCCAAAGUGGGAUCCGGAAUGAUGAGCAGGGGUCUGGCUCUUGAAAUGACAUAGCUGGCUCAGUGCUUAGUGCUGCUAAAACCUGGAGGGGACAGCAAGAGAAGGACAUUUCCUCUGUAAAGCAGCUGGACCAGGGGCGAAUGAAGAGUCAGUACAAGAGGCCUUCCGCUUUCCCACAGUGGACUUGCAGUCAGGAAGACCUGGAUUCUAACCCUGCCUUGCAUAUAUAUUAUGUGACCCUGA